GCUGAGCAGGUGGGGAUGUCUGAAACCUCGGUGUUUGUGUUGGCAGCGCUCGCAGACACUCACACUGAGAAAUCUUGGAGGCGAACAGCAGUGUAGUGGCAUUGCCGUUCCUUGUAGCUGCCCCUGCGUUCCCUACCGAUCCAUCUAGUUGUGCAUAUAUACACUAUGGGUACCUGCAGUGACCAGGGCUGGGCUUCUGUGGCCAUACGUGGCUUUAAAGAGUCACACAAUUCUUAGUAAGCUUUUCUGGACUAAAUAAACACGUAGUAUAGCUUUGACGUUAGUACGUCUGCAUGCCUAAAAUUUUUCUGGUGUUUGCCAUUAUUUCUGCUAUGAAAUGGGAUAAAUACCUGCUGCUUUUGAAAUUAAUUACGAUUUAAAAAUGGAUUUGUGCUGUAGUUAGCAUGUGCAUUUUUAGAGGUUUUAUUGCAAAGCUCCAGCUUGGCUUUUCUACAUUGUGUACAUCUACUUUGUGAUCAUAAUGGGCCUGAAAGGCUGUGUGCUGUUUUCAGCUCACUUAGGGCUGUAGCUAAAGGAAUUUUGUUCAGAUGAUGCAUUUAAGAGAUUAUUAACAUGUGCACUGAGUAUAGUUCAGUUUCUCAGAAAUGUAUCUGGAAGAAUAGGUAAUUUUUAGAAUUUAAUGUACUCCGGUGUAGACAUAAGAAGUCUCACGAUUUGAGUAUAGGUGUCACAGCUUUUUCCUAAUUGUUUUUAUGUGUCGAGUAGAAAGGGCCCUUUAUACUUAAAGAUGUGUAAGCAGCAUCUUUCAGGAACAGACCAAAGAGGAAGAAGAGGUGUUGCUGCUUAUUUAAUAUUUUUGACUACAUUUUGGACAGACUGUUGUUGUUGUUUUUUUCUUUGCUGAAGCAGGCUUUUUUGUUUUGGUCAUGUGAUUAUGAAACAGACCAGAAUUGGUGCAAACCCUGAAAUUUCUCUUUCUUAGUUUAGAGACUGUUGUGCUUUGAGAAUAAAUUUUAUAUGCAUGAGUAUGAUAUCCAUUAUAAGACUUAACCUUUCACGAAUUAACUUACAAUUAAUUAAGCUACAUUAAUGACUAAUUAAUUUCUUAAUGUAGGAAUGCUUGAAUUUUUAGUUAAGUGUCAUAUAGUGAUUAUUUAAGAAAAUGACAUGUACUUUUAAACCAGAAUUUAAGUUGUUACAUAAAACAGACUAGCUUCAUUAAUGUACUAUAGUUCAGAGAAAAAAAAAUUAUAUAUACAAGAUACAUGGUUGGAUCUUACUGGAGACAUCCAUGGCCCACUUUUUUACAAAGGUUAAUUUUCCAAAACAGGUCAAGUCUUCCACAAAACAGAAAUACCUUUGGGAAUGGAAACUGCCUGUACUCAUUGUAGAAGUCCAGUUGCUAAUUUUAAGCUGUUGGUUUAUCAUGUCAUAAAUGCUAAUUUUCUUUCUGAGCAGGUAUUUCCUUUCGUGUAUAACUUCCUUUAGAAGCAGAAAAACAGGAGUGCAUUAUGACCAAACAUAUUGUUAACAUGGAGUCUGACACUUCUAGUUGCUAGUUGCUGUGUAGUUUCAGAAAACUUACCUUCCUCAAAGUUGUAACUCACCUCUCAAGCAUAGUAUGUAUGGAAAAUAAUAGUAGUUUCUAAGUGAAUAGUCAUUUUCAAGAUAACAUUGUAGACUAAACCUUUCCUUGUUUUUAGUGAAAUUUCACAUUUUUGCCUUAUUAGAAUCUCCUUGAUGUCCUCGGUGUUCUGGACUACUGUGCUAUCAAAGACACCUUUGAUGGCUUUAGAAGAGAGGAAAACUUCCAAGUCUGGAACUGCUUCAUCAAUUACCUUUCUUUCUCUCUGCCAAGGAUGCAAAUUUGAUACACUACUCAAGAAUCUAGAGCUUCCACUCCUUUUUCUUCUUUCUUUUUUUCUUUCCUAUCUUUGAAAUCUAUUGGCUAGGUAUAUCAAUUUACAUAAUUGAUUUUAAGUUUUAGUACUCACAUUCCCCCUUGCUAUUAGCAGGUAUGUUAAGUUUGAAAGUGGUUGGUUUGUAACUCAGAAUAUGCCACAUAGUAACCAAGUUUUGAAGUGCCUGUGCUGGCUACUGUGUUGCUAGCUGGGACGAUUGCUAUCUCCACACACCAAGGCUUGUGUAGUUUGGCUUAUGGUUGUUCAGGUCUAAAUUCUGACCUUUUAUUAUGUUAAAAAUAGUGAAUGACUCACUUCUUUAGACAUGUUUUUACUUGUGAUUUGUAUGAAGCUGCCCUUGGAUGGAAAUAGGAAUUUAAAAGUUCACAAAAGUAGUAUUUAAAGUUGUUUGUUUUGUUGGUUUUUUUUUAAAUUAGUUAAAACUAGAUUAAAUAUAUUGAAUGCCCAGGGAGAUAAGUUUGGGUUGUUGGGGUUUUUUUUAAGUUCUUUUCCAGACAUAUGGAAGAUGAAGUAUGUUUUUUAAAGUGUAAAGUGUAGUUAGCAAAGGUAGAAUUUGAGAGGUAUUUAAAUGGCUAAAGAUGCAGAUGGGAACCUGUAACACUUUCAUAGAUCUUUUACACGUUUCCCACCAUUUUAUGGGAAGUUAAAGCAUCUAAUCUGACAGACGAAUUAAUGGGAUUUUCAGAACAACUUUUCUGAGUAUCAGAAUCUCUAAAAAAACCCCAAACAAAAGAUGGCUAUCUAUCUUUUGCCCUUCUUAUAAUUUGGAGGGAAAAUUAAUUUUUUUAAUAAGUCCAGUUGAAGAAUAUUUAUGUAUCUUGUAUGUUUCCCUACCAAAAUGGAAAUAGUCAUUCUGCCUAUUCCAUGUUACACACUGAAGUAUAGUGCUAACACUGCCAAGCAUGUAUGCAGUAAGUAUCUCUAUCAAUCUUUGCCUGACCUCAGAAAAUAAACAGAUUCAAGGAAGGCAAUUAAUAGCCUAUCCCAUAACUCAUUAGCAUUUGAUGACUAAUUUUCUGAAUGGUCUCAUUCAGAUUUGAAGUACAUGAACAAGUGUUAACAAGCCACCUCAUUAAAAUUACUUAAGCAAGAAGGAAUAAUGACUUAAAAACAAACCCUCUUAUCAACAUGCUUCUUAAUGUUGCUCUCCAGCUUGAUAGGGAGGUACUUUGGAUCACCUGGUGAUUACUUGGUUUCAUUUGCAAUGUAGCACCCUGUGGCCUUCCAGCAGCUACCUGCCAGUCCUGUUUUGGAUAGCUGGCUUCCAAGAAAUUACCCAGAACAAAAUGGUCACUCCAGUGACAUCAUUGAAGGGGAAAGUCUCAUUCCUGGAACUUGUGUUCAGGGAUUAUUUUUAUUCUGCCAGAAUUCAGUUGAGGAUAUUAAGCUAACUUCAGCCACAGACCUUUUCAUCCAUAAAUGAGAAAUGUCCACUGCUGCAUAGUUAAUGGGACUACAGCAGACAGUAGUGCAUCUGUAGACAUUUUCUCAAGUCUGCAGUUUUUCAUUUAUCUCAGAUCCAACGACUGUAUGCCAACCAGGCACAGUGCAAUGAGAGAGAUGUUGGGUUGGGACUGGGAAGAGCUAAGCCUCUUGUUUUUCUCCUUUGGAAGUACAUGGCUUUGGACAAGCUGCUUUUUAUUUCAAUGCCUCAGUUUUUCGGCCUCUAAAGUGAGGAGGGGUCUCCUUUAAAGUUGUCUUGAACUCUCCCAAGAGGUGUGAGAGAGGUAGGUAAUCUUGGUUGAUUUUCCAGGCAGUAAAUGAUGUUCCUACCACUUACUCUAAUGUUUUGAACAGAUUUGAUUCUCUUGGGCAAAUGACAAGAUAAGUGAUGGCAAUUUAGGAUCAGAAAUUCAGAGAUCCUUGAUGUAUUUAUUUCCAUUACAAGGGGAUGGGAUGCAAGUCCUGACUUCAUUACAAAUACAAAACUUUGUUCUUUAGUGAAUGGUUAUUGUUGGCAGCAAAACACAGUAUGGAUAUGGAAAACAGGAAUUGUGUACAUAGCAUGUUCCUACCAUGUGCACUUCCCUGGAGUACACGACAGAUGGUUCUCUGUAAACCAAAGACUCCAGCUUUGUAAAUGUACAGUUCAAAGGUGAUCCACAUCACAUAAAUGUUCUGCAACAGGAUUCCUGUCAUCUCCUCAAUCUUUUCUGCUACUGAGGGUCGUACUCAAAUGUUCCAGUUAUUUAUAGUAAUUAAUUUCACAGUUUCAACUUGUCUUCUGCUAAACAGGUCUGCUUUUUCAGUUGACUGUCAGCAGCUAUCUGCCAAAAAUGUCUUUAAUCUUACUAGCAGGUGUAUAUCAAUUUCUUCAUGGCAUCUUUGACUUGUUCUGGUACCUAAUGACUGAACUAGUGCAUAUUACUUUUCUAUUUUUUCCUGCUUCUGAAGAAAAAUAUAUAUUCUUUACAAUUACAUCAGAAAAGGAAGUUAUGGUAUCAAUGAGUUCUUUUGCUAAAGCUUAGUGUUACUGAUGCUCUGCCCAAACAGAGCUUAAUCCACCGGCUUGUAUUGUUCUUGAAACUUUACUCCUAAGCCAGGAAAAACAAUGCUGUAGAGAGAGUCAGGAUACCAGCAGAGCCACAAGCUAUUUAUUUCUAUGGGCCUAACACACUUAGGAAGUCUGUGUGUCUCUGUAGCCAUUUAAAGUUCAGUGCAAAAUCUGUCAAUGGAUUGGGUUGCAUGGUGAGCUGUUCCCAGAGUACCGGGAGGGUGGGCAGUGGUGCAGAUGGGAUGCACGCUGUCUUGGUGGAAAGAAGCUGUGACCUGAGGCAGAAGGUCAUUGCUUUAGAUGGAGCAGUAUCUCUAUAUCCUCGAUGUAUUUAUGGUUUAGUGACUUCAGAGGUUACCUGAAACUUGAAGGUCUUCAGUCAAGACUUGUGCAUGUAGCUGUUACUGUAGCACACAGUAGUAUCUACUCCUUCCCCCAAGUAUCAAAGCCUUUUCUGUUUUCCUUAAUUAACUGCUUUCACCUCAACAGUGAGCAUUGGGUUUGACUGUUUUCCAGUUAAACAGACAGGGAAAACUAAUAGUUUGAGAUUCCUGUUUGUGUAUAUUUAUCACUGAAAAAGAAAAACAUCAGGGACACUAAACUAGUAGUAAUUAAAGUGGCAUUAAUUAAGCAUAUCUGUUUCAAGUGAGUGAAUGUUGAACAACAACUGUUUCUGAAUUGUAUUACAGGCAGAGCUGUGUUGAAAUAAUAGCUCUUUGGUGUGGCUGGCAGAUAUUUGUACAGCCUUCAUCUUACACUAAAUCUUGUGUUUUUGUGGGGAAUUUAAGGAAUGUCAUUUCACGCAAGUUGUUUCUGUGUUCUCUGUUCAUCAUGAACUGUAGUGAUAGCAAUAUCUUAGACACAAGACAAACAUGUCCUGGUUAUUCCUCAGUUUUGGAAUGCAGAAGAACAUCACAAGAUUAAAGCAAUGUGGAAGCAUUUGAUAGCUGUGAUACUCUGGUGCCCAUUAUGAUGGUAAUUUUGCUGUCACAAUUAUCCCAUUCUUAGGUUUUUUUGUUCAAGUGGAAGAUGACAUAAAACCUGACCCCAUUUUUAAGAGAAGAAAUGUUCAAAUAAGAUAAUAGGCCUUGGUAGCCACUGUAGGUGUUUUGAGCCCUGCUAUUCCAGGAUCCCUUUGCUCCUAUUAUUUCCCUGUUUUUCUUUUCUCCCAUCUGUAGCAGUGAAGCUUACCUGGCUGGAAGGAAAAAACAAGGGAAUGUGAAAUAUUAAUAGGUGAAGCCCUUCUGCAUGGAGCAGAUGAAUUUGAUAUGCAUUGGAAAUACAGACUUUUAUUGUUUUGUUUUUUUAUUUUGUGGUGGGGUUUUUUUGUUUUGUUUUGUUUUUUGUUUUUUCUUUUGUUUAAGCCUUAGUGCUAGUUCUGCUUCAUCUCUACUAGAAUGCCAGAUGUGAAAUAAACAGGCUGAUGAUGAUGUUAAGAUGAUGAGAGUUAAGUUGGAAACUGAUGUAAUGUUAAAAUCACUGCAUUUAUAUUUUUAGUGGCCUGGUAUUAAUAAGCUUUUAGUAGGCAAAGGCAAAGAAGCAGAAAAACUUGCUGUUUAAAGUAGAAAUGGGGGAAAAAAAUCUUAUGAAUGGUUGAAUGAAAUUCAUAGGUGUACUCAGUGGGAAAUCUGGGGAAUUCUUUGAGGAGGAAUAAAGUCUUACUGAAUCUUGUUUUAACUCUCCAGCCUUAGGAGCUAUAUUGACAAAAUAAAUUACUUUAAUUUGUGAGUCUAGGCCAUAGGAGAAUUUUUGUACAAACUCCUCUGCUUUUCAUUUCUCUUUGAUACCUUUGUUUAAGUUUUUUUCUCAGAGGGGUUUUAUUGCAAGUAAUGAAGUACUAAUUUAGAAAUGUUUAUUAGACAGUUACUUUUAAGGGGUAAUUAUGAAAGGUUUUUCAAAAUGUGCUAAUGUGUAAAUUAAUUUCAUUUUCCUGCUUUCAGUCAGUCAAGUGCAGCCACUGAUCACGAGAUGUUACCACAAAAUCUACCUCAGACUUCACUUUUGUUCAUUCAUUUGCUGCGUCAUAGAUCUCAACGGGAGCUCUGCAGACACUCUUGAAAGUCUCUAAACAGAUUGGGACAUCGAGUCAAAGCAUGAUGACCUAAGAGGAGGUCAAAGUCUCAAACAUUGAUUCAGCAGUUCAAGAUAACACUGCCCUUUUUAUCAGUAUCACUUCUGAAGGCUACAGACCUCCUGCCAUUUCUUUCCCGGCUACUUCAGAAACACUCAACUGACCUUUCUUUGGUGAAGAGAUCUUGACUUUUCUCUCUGGUCCUGGAAAUAUUAAUGGAAUACAGUCAUGUCUACCCAGGACGAGAGGCAGAUAAAUACAGAGUAUGCUGUAUCCUUGCUGGAGCAGUUAAAAUUCUUUUAUGAACAGCAGUUGCUAACUGACAUAGUGUUGAUUGUUGAGGGCACUGAAUUUCCCUGCCAUAAGAUGGUUCUUGCAACCUGCAGCUCAUAUUUCAGAGCAAUGUUCAUGAGCGGGCUGAGCGAGAGCAAACAGACACACGUACACCUGAGGAAUGUGGAUGCAGCCACUCUGCAGAUCAUCAUCACUUACGCAUACACGGGUAACCUGGCAAUAAGCGACAGCACAGUAGAGCAGCUCUAUGAAACUGCCUGCUUCUUACAGGUAGAUGAUGUGUUACAACGAUGUAGAGAAUACUUAAUCAAAAAAAUUAAUGCAGAAAAUUGUGUGCGUCUAUUAAGUUUUGCUGAUCUCUUCAGCUGUGAAGAGUUAAAACAGAGUGCUAAAAGAAUGGUGGAGCACAAAUUCACAGCUGUGUACCACCAGGAGGCUUUCAUGCAACUGUCACAUGAUCUACUGAUAGAUAUUUUAAGCAGUGACAAUUUAAAUGUGGAAAAGGAGGAGACAGUGCGUGAGGCUGCUAUGUUAUGGCUGGAGUACAACACGGAAUCACGCUCGCAGUAUUUGUCCUCUGUUCUUAGCCAAAUCCGGAUCGAUGCACUUUCAGAAGUAACACAGAGAGCCUGGUUUCAAGGCUUGCCACCUAAUGAUAAAUCGGUGGUGGUGCAAGGACUGUACAAAUCGAUGCCCAAAUUUUUCAAGCCCAGACUUGGCAUGACAAAAGAGGAGAUGAUGAUAUUCAUUGAAGCUGCUGCUGAAAACCCUGGUAGUCUUUAUUCUUCUGUCUGUUACAGCCCGCAGGCAGAGAAAGUUUACAAACUCUGCAACCCUCCCGCUGACUUGCAUAAGGUAGGGACGCUGGUAACCCCUGAUAAUGACAUCUAUAUAGCAGGUGGGCAAGUUCCUCUGAAGAACACAAAAACCAAUCACAGUAAAAGCAGCAAACUCCAGGCUGCCUUCAGAACUGUGAAUUGCUUUUACUGGUUUGAUGCGCAGCAGAACACUUGGUUCCCCAAGACUCCGAUGCUCUUUGUGCGCAUCAAGCCGUCGCUGGUGUGCUGUGAAGGAUACAUCUAUGCAAUCGGGGGGGACAGCGUCGGCGGGGAGCUCAACAGGAGGACUGUGGAGAGAUACGACACCGAGAAGGACGAGUGGACCAUGGUCAGCCCCCUGCCCUGCGCGUGGCAGUGGAGCACGGCCGUGGCAGUUCACAACUGCAUCUAUGUCAUGGCACACAACCUGAUGUACUGCUACUUCCCCCGCUCGGACGCCUGGGUGGAGAUGGCCAUGCGACAAACAAGCAGAUGUUUCGCCUCAGCUGCUGCUUUUGGCGAUAAGAUAUUCUAUAUCGGAGGACUGCAUAUUGCCAGCAAUUCCGGGAUAAGGCUCCCCAGCAGUACUGUGGAUGGGUCUUCUGUAACAGUGGAGAUCUACGACGUGAAUAAAAACGAAUGGAGGAUGGCAGCCAACAUCCCUGCCAAGCGCUAUUCUGACCCGUGUGUCAGGGCCGUUGUCAUCUCCAAUUCCUUGUGUGUCUUUAUACGGGAGACCCACAUGAACGAGAGAGCCAAGUAUGCCACCUAUCAGUAUGACCUGGAACUCGACCGCUGGUUCCUGAGGCAGCACAUAUCGGAACGCGUGCUGUGGGACCUGGGGAAAGACUUCCGGUGCACUGUAGGAAAGCUGUAUCCAUCUUGCCUUGAAGAGUCCCCGUGGAAACCUCCAACGUAUCUGUUCUCACCAGAUGGAGCUGAUGAAUUUGAGCUGGAUGGGGAGAUGGUUACUUUACCACCUGUAUAGCUCCCAAAUUAGACUGCACAACUGAGUCUGUGCUCAGUUAUAAAAUAAUAAAAGAAAUAAAUGGCUGUGAAAGAACAGGUCUGGGGACUGAUAUCUCAGAGCUGUCUUUCAUGAAUUGUAUUUUUAUGCCCUACCUAACACUUGCCAUCAUUCAGUAUGAAUUAGUGAAAUGAGCAGAUAUGCUUCCAUAAUCUCAAAUACUAUUAUCAGAUAAUUGAGAAAAAUAUAUGUAUAUCAUGAGCUUGAGCAUCUGACUUGUCUAAAGAAUUAAUUCUAGCUCUAUAAAGUCUCGGUUCAGGAAAAUUAGCUUCAGAAAAAAAAAGUAGUUAUUGUUUCUAGGAUGAUGUCACAACUCUUUUGAAAGUAUCUUCCAGUUACAUUUGAACUACUUCUGGAUAUUCUACUUAAGUGCUAGUUAUAUAAUUGUCAGUGUGGCCUAAUUAAAGAACUGUGCUGCACUUACUAAAUACUAAUAUCUAUGUUGGUAUAGUAAUGCCAUUAAAAGAAAAAGAAACAAAUCCCAUGGAUCUACCUGUGGUAGGAAGGGUAGAUCUUCCAUUGUAUGGUAACAUGCUGGGCAAAAUGACUGCAGGUUCAGUCAAGCUGUAUGAUGAGGUGCAUGUAUUCUAUUUUCACUAACUUAUACCUGUCUAUUUAGAAUACAGGUCUUCCAAGCAGCUGGUAGAUUACCAGGUGUGGACUUAAGUUGCUGGGCUUGCAAUAGGAAUUGCCAGCCCUCAUAGUGCGGGUCUAUGUGGGGCUUUAAUCAGUAAAUGCCUCCACAUUCUGUAUUACAGUAACAUUGGCUCAUGUAUAUUACUUCCUGCUGCUGAUGUAUUUUUCCAUUGUAAAACAAAGUUUUAGUGUGGAUUAACCAGGUCUUUAUUUUCUGUUAAUUUAAUAACAAGCAUUACUGUAGUGUGAUUGUGUAUAGAUAUCCCUUAGCUGUCAGGUUUUUUACUUUGUGGGGGGGGGAAGCAAACUUCAGGAAUAUCCUGUGCUGUGUGUGCAGGAGAGCAGAUGCCUAGUGCUGCUCUGGCAUUAAUCCCAGGAACCACUAGCAGUAGCGGGGUGCCGCCAACCUAACAUGAACACAGGUGCUUCAUGACAAACCUUACUAGCAUGUUCAGCUGCAUCAUGUUCUGGCACUGUAUUUUGAAUGACAUUAAUUUAUUAAAAAAGACUGAAUCCAAA